UGAGAGAAGCGCUUUCUUCACAAUUUCUUUUCAUUGUUCAUUGCGCAAAGCUGGUGGACCUCAAGAUCCACUGAAUAUAGCAGAUGCUUCAGUAGCCGUCUCUUACCCUUCUGCCACUAAAUGCUUCAAAAUUGCCUUUUUUCCUCGCCGCUAGGCCCGGUGGAACGCCUGGGUCCAGGUCAGUAUCGCCCCAGCGGCUGGGGCCGGCGCGGUGCAUUGUGGAAACUGUAGUUUCCGCCGCGUUCCUGGUCGCCUGAGUGUUGCUUGAGUGCGGUGGUGAAUUAUUGAAUGAACUUCGUUUCAGCAAUCGCUGGAGCAGCUAAGAAGAGAUCGCAGAUGAAUCCUCAGAGUAAAGAUCAUGCUUUGCCACCUGUAAAGAACACUAUUGAACUCCCAACAAAACCUUUGAAUUCAAAGGAGUGGGAUAAACUUAAGGAAGAUUUCAAAGGAAAGGUCAAUUUUGAAAGUUGGAUCAGUUCACAGAUGGCUCACUGUCAUAGCUCUGUAGAUGUGGCUAAAUCUCUGCUGGCAUGGGUAGCAGCAAAAAACAAUGGUAUUGUAGGCUAUGAUUUACUGGUCAAGUAUUUGCAUCUGUCUGUCUUUCAUAAGCAGACAUCAGAAGUUAUUGAUGUCUAUGAAAUUAUGAAAGCCAGGUAUAAGAACUUAGAACCUGGAGCAUAUACUCUUCUCAUCCGGGGAUUAAUCCAUUCAGACAGAUGGAGAGAGGCCUUGCUGCUGUUAGAGGACAUCAAAAAAGUCAUGACCCCUUCAAGAAAGAACUAUAAUGACUGUAUCCAGGGAGCCCUUCUUCAUCAAGAUGUAAACAUAGCUUGGAAUUUGUAUCAGGAAUUGCUAGCUCAUGAUCUCAUUCCUAUGUUGGAAACUUUAAAAGCCUUCUUUGAUUUUGGAAAAGACAUAAAGGAGGAUGACUAUUCAAACAAACUACUAGACAUUCUUUUGUAUCUAAGAAAUAAUCACCUAUAUCCUGGGGAGUCAUUUGCACAUAGUAUAAAAACAUGGUUUGAAAGUGUUCCUGGACAACAAUGGAAGGGACAAUUCACCACAAUCCAGAAAAGUGGUCAGUGUUCCGCGUGUGGCAAAAACAUAGAGUCUAUUAACCUGAGUCCAGAAGAGUAUGACUUUCUCAAGGGAAAAAUCAUGAGGGAUGUGAUCGAUGGAGGUGACCAAUACAAAAAGACAACACCUUGGGAACUUAAGAGGUUUAAGAACUUUGUAAAAUCUUGUCCUCCUUUUGAUAUUGUCAUCGAUGGUCUCAAUGUUGCCAAAAUGUUUCCUAAAGCUCGUGAAUCUCAAGUUCUCUUGCAAUUAGUCUCUCAACUAGCCAAACAAAAUCUGCGACUGCUGGUCCUGGGCCGGAAGCACAUGUUAAAAAAGAGUCCCCGAUGGAGAAAGGAUGAGAUGGAAAUGGUGCGAGAGCAAGCCAGCUGUUUCUUUGCUGAUAACAUCUCAGAGGAUGAUCCAUUCCUUCUGUAUGCCACACUGCACUCGGGGAAUCACUGCAAGUUUGUCACAAAAGACCUGAUGCGGGACCACAAGGCCUGUCUGUCUGAUGCCAAGACCCAACACCUGUUCUUUAAGUGGCAGCAGGGACAUCAGCUGGCAAUUAAGAAUAAGUUUCCAGGAUCAGGAAUAACCUUUCAGCAUAUUCUCAGCUAUGACACAGUGGUGCAAACAACUGGAGACUCGUGGCAUAUACCAUAUGAUGAAGACCUGGUGGAAAGAUAUUCCUACGAAGUGCCAACCAAAUGGCUUUGCCUCCAUCGAAAAACAUAAAGACUUUUACCCCCAUGCUAAAUUUGUGUUUGAGUGCUCUCCUGAUUGCCAGCAGAGCUCUUAAGUUGAUGCUUGUUUAGGGCAUUGCCUCUCUCCUCAAGAUAAAAGGAUUCUGUUAACA